GGUUCUGGUAAUAAUCACAUUGUAGGAAUGUGGGUGUGGCCUAACUAUCACCUUCCAGACGUGUAUCUGCAGCUAACAGUCGGAGGAGCCGAUCCUUCCCUGAUGGACUCUGGGAGUAAAACAGGGAAGGUUUACCUGCGGCCGCACAGACCUGGAAAGAAAUGGAAGCCGGUGCUGUUGUCCCUGUUCCCCCCCAGCACCAACGGAGUGGGCCGGCUGGAGAUCCAGGAUGUGGCAGGGGGCGGGGCAGCAGGUGAUCUCAGCGGCGGGGUCAGGAGGCACCACCCCCACCUGGACAGGAAGGUAAAGGUGGUGCGACUGUCGGAGGUGCUCAGCGUCCUCAGACUGCCCCCAAACGCGGAGGCCUGUCCCAUGGAGAACAUGUCGGCGUUCUGCGUUGAGAGCCAGGACCGAACGCUGGUGUUCGCCGCCCUCAAAGACGACUGCGUGGACUGGGUGGACAAACUGUGUCUCAGCAGCUUCAAGACAGGAAACAGUUCUGCAAACGCUCCAGCUCGCAUGGAGGAGAACCAGAUCUACGCCUCUGCAGACGAAGCACCGCGGUUCUGGGUGGUGGUCCAGAAGACGGAGGCUGCGACUCGCUGCGGCCUGGAGGGCCCCUUCUGGCUGGAGGUGGGCGGAGCCUCGCUGCUGCUCAGAGAAGCCCAGAAGAAGAUUGUGGUGGGAGAGUGGCCGUACGAGCAGCUGAGGAGAUACGGGAGCCAUCAGUCGGUCCUGACCAUCGAAGCGGGUCGGCGCUGCAGUUCUGGUCCCGGGAUCUUCAGCUUCGAGAGCUCUCAGGUCGACCGGAUCUUCUCUCUGAUUCAGAGCAGCAUCAAGCAGAGGGCCCCGCCCUCGGCCCCCCGCUCCCCCCUCCCCAAAACCCCCAGCAUGGCUGCAGCUCUGGAGACCAAGCUGAAGAUCCAGGGCAGGAAGUCCCCGUCCCUGGAGGAGGGGCCACACGCUCAGGAAGACCGGGGGGGUCAACCGGACGCCACGCCUGCGCCCAUAACCCUUAUGCCCCUCCCACUGCUGCCAACACAGACCCCGCCCUCCAGGAGAGCCGCAGUCCACCAGUCAGAUGGGAUUUAUGCGGAUCCGGCUGAGUGUGCCCCGCCCACCAUGAAGCCCCCCCCAACCAAGGCGCUGUACAUCGACCCCGCCCGCGUCCUUCCUCUGAAACCCCCGGGCGCCGCCGACAGCCCCCCCCCACAGACGGACCAGCGGGAUUCGGUUUAUUCUGAGGUACUGGACCGGGUCAGCCCCCAUCAGAACCAGCAGAGCGGCGACCCGGAAACGGAAAGACCCGAAGAGCCCGUCUACGCCGAGCCCACAGCGGGGGCGGAGCCAGAACCUGACAGAACUGAAAACAAACCCGACCCGUUUGCCCAGCUCUAUGCCAAAGUCUGUAAACCGCACAAAGGACCGCCCCCCGAGAGCGAGAACAGAACCGGCGCCACCCCUCCCCCCACCCGUCUGACCAGAGGAGAGGAGCCCCCGGAUGAUGUCAUCUACGAAAACCUGGGCAUCAUCUGACCGUGAAGGUCAGAAGGAACCUCCUCCUGGUUCUGGUUCCGCCCAAAGUUCUCUGCUUCUCUGACUGAAGUCUCCAGAACCCAAAGUUCUUCUACGGCUGACACAUUAACCACUUCUGCUCCUUCAGCGUGACCUCAGCAUGACCUUCCAAUGACCUUAGGAUGACCUGAGAGGAUUUCCUGCUGAGGUCCGACUACCUGAUCAAACCUGAAGAGGUUUUUCCUGCUGAGUCGGCCCGUUUGUGGUGCAGAUCGAUGAAUCCUACAGGAGAUUUGGAUCAUAAAUGGGGUUAUUUAAACGUCUGGGUUUGAUUUUGUUUUUUAUUUCCACGACUGUAUAAAUGAGCCGAACUAGAAAAGUUUCAAACUGUUUUCUGCUCUUCUUGAACAAUUGUUUUUGUUACAUUUUUAAUUAACUUUUCGUUUGGUUCUUGUUUAAAAAAACAUCGAAACCAGUGCGGUUUAAAACAUCAGAUUGAUCUAGUUUUAUUCCUCAUUUAUCGUUUUUACCAAAGAAAACGGUUCAUAUACGUUUAAAAAUAUGCAUUAAAACUCUUAAAAACCUUUCCCAAUUGUUUGUCUUU